UCAUUUGUCAACCUGGCAAUGUGAUUCCCUCACCUCGCCUAAAUUUCUAACUUCACAGAACUGGAAUUGCCACUCCAGUUCUCUACAGAGACAUGGCAAACAUUGUCAACAUAAUCGUAGCCCAAGCUACAGAAAAUCUAACAGAAAAUGCUGCGAAUUCAACCAAGAAACCUCCGAGCACCCCAGAGGGAAUGGCAGUUGCAUAUGGGAGCCUUGUUAUAAUGGCUUUACUACCAAUCUUCUUUGGGUCCUACAGAUCUGUUGUAUACCAUAAGGAAAAGAAACCUGAGAGGAUGACAAAGAAAGAUGCUGCUAUUUUUCCAGUGAUGGCUUCCUGCGCCCUUUUCGCCCUUUACAUAAUAUUCAAGCUGUUCUCCAAAGAAUAUAUCAAUCUGCUAUUGACAGGUUAUUUCUUCUUUUUAGGGGUUCUUGCCCUUACUCAUCUCCUAAGCCCCAUUGUGAGUAAGCUAGUUCCAGCCGCAAUUCCAAACAUUCCAUUCCACAUUACCUUCAAGCAAGGAGAAGGGGAUUCCGCACAGUACCUAAUCGAUUAUAGGUUUUCCACCUACGACGUUGUCGCUCUGGCCGCAUGUUCCUUAGUCGGAGCCUGGUAUCUCGUUCAGAAGCACUGGGUGGCCAAUAACUUGUUUGGGCUGGCGUUCGCUGUUAAUGCCGUCGAGCUGUUGCAUCUCAACAACGUGGUGACCGGUUGCAUCCUGUUGAGCGGGUUGUUCUUCUACGACAUAUUCUGGGUUUUCGGCACGGAUGUGAUGGUCACUGUGGCCAAGAGUUUCGAGGCCCCCAUUAAACUUGUAUUCCCCCAGGACCUGCUGCAAAACGGACUGUCGGCCAACAACUUUGCCAUGUUAGGGUUGGGAGACAUCGUUAUACCGGGUAUUUUCAUCGCUCUUCUGCUGAGAUUCGACCACAGUCUCAAACGCAAGACAAAGACGUACUUCCACGCAUCGGUGAUCGCUUACUUCUUAGGACUGAUGGCCACGAUUUUCGUCAUGCACGUUUUCAAACACGCACAACCCGCCCUGUUGUAUCUGGUACCUGCAUGUAUCGGAACUCCCUUGGGGCUGGCUCUUUUGAAAGGAGAUUUGACCGCAAUGUUCAAGUACGACGAUUCGCCGGAGGAGGAGAAAUCCGAGGAAAAGAAGAAAGGGGAGAAACAAACGAAACAAGAAACCAAGAAGGUUAAGUAGAACGGAAGGCUUUAGUUGUUAAUUUUAUCAAAUUCUUCCAGUUACAUAGUACUUUAAUUAUGCACAAAGACUGCAUAGGUGCGCAAUUACAAAUGAAACAUACCUACCUAAACUUUUUUUAUAUUCCAUUACAAUUCCCAAGAUUCGUUUGGCUAUUGUUAAGAUAUUUUUUUGCAAUUUGAUCGUUUUAAAAUCAAUUAUUUAUAAUUAUGUUUUCUAUUAAAUUUUUUUAAACACC